GAGUAACUGCUCUGAGCCCAGACCUUUGAUUCCUUGACUGAGAGAGAUUGGUAGAGGAGCAGUACUGGAAAAUUCAAGAACAGCUUGAAAUUUUUGUUGAAAACAACAAAUAAGCAUCCAGGUUACAGCUCAUGCUGCACUAGAAAAUAAUCUCUUACAGGAGAGAAUGGGUAAAAAAGUAAAGAAGGAAACAGAGUCUCCACCCAAGGAUGUGUUUGAUCCUUUAAUGAUUGAAAGCAAAACACCAGCAACAGUUGUGCUAAUGCUCAGUUCUCCUGAAAAUGAAGUUUUGGCUAAGGCAUGUGAUGCUCUAUAUAAAUUUGCAUCAAAAGGUGAUGAAAACAAGGUGACACUUCUUGGUCUUGGAGCAGUGGAACAUCUGUAUAAGCUCCUCUCACACGAAGAUCCACUUGUACGCAGAAAUGCCGUCAUGGUAGUUGGCAUCAUGGCUUCUAAUAAUGAUGUGAAGAAGUUACUGAGGGAACUGGACGUCACAAAUUCACUUAUAUCACAGCUGGCUCCAGAAGAAGAUGUAGUUAUCCAUGAGUUUGCUACUCUUUGUCUAGCAUAUAUGGCUGUUGAAUAUACUACUAAAGUAAAAAUAUUUGAGCAAGGUGGGUUAGAACCACUUAUCAGACUGUUAGGUAGCCCUGAUCCUGAUGUUACGAAGAAUUCACUUGAGUGUAUCUACCUUUUGGUACAGGAUUUUCAAAACCGUGCUGCAGUUCGAGAACUGAAUGUAAUUCCACCCUUGCUGAAACUACUGGAAUCUGAAUAUCCAGUCAUUCAGUCCUUGGCCCUUCAAACCUUAGAAGUAAUUAGCAAAGACAGAGAAACCAGAAUAUUACUGGAAGAAUAUAAGGGAUUAGAUUGCCUUCUGAAUAUACUGGAAAACAAUGAACUCAACGAUCUACAUGUCGAAACUCUUGCUGUGUUGGCAAAUUGCCUCGAGGAUGUGCAUACUCUGCAACAGAUUCAGCUGACAGGAGGCAUUCAAAAACUACUUUCAUUUUUAAAAGUCUCUACUGUUCCUGAUAUUCAGAAGAAUGCAGCAAAGGCAAUUACCAAUGCAGCUUAUGACUCGGAAAUACUAAAAAUCUUACAUUGGGAAGAGGUUGAGACAUUUCUCCUAAGACUUUUGGAAACUAACAAUGAUGAUGUUAAAGUUGCUGCUUCCCAAGCCAUUUCUGCCAUGUGUGAGAAUAUAGACAGUAAAUGUGUCCUUGGACUCCAAGGGAUUCCUCAGCUAGUAAAGCUGCUAAGCAGUGAUAAUGAAGAGCUAAAAGAAGCUGUAGUGACAGCAUUAAAUAAUUUGACAACAGCCAAUCUUAGAAAUGCAAGUGUUGUAGCUAAGGCUGAAGGAAUUGCGCCAUUAAUUAAAACCUUGAAUGCCCAGAGGGAUGGAGCCAUUUCCAAUGCCAUUGCAGUGCUCACCAAUCUGGCCCUGCAAGAGCCCAUCCGUGCCAGUAUCCAGAGCCAGGGCAUCAUGAGUGCCCUUGUGGGGCCACUGCGCUCAACCAACAGCCAAGUGCAGAGCAAAGCAGCCUCUGCCGUGGCUGCCUUUGCUUGUGAUGCUGGUGCACGAGCUGAGUUAAGAAAUGUCGGCGGGCUGGGACCACUCGUUGAAUUGCUGCAUUCCAAUUAUGAAGAAGUCAGAAGAAAUGCCUGUUGGGCUGUUAUGGUCUGUGGAAGUGAUGAAGUAACUGCUUUUGAACUGUGCAGGCUAGGUGCUUUAGACAUCCUAGAAGAAAUUAAUCUGUCUUCAAAGCGUAAAAAUAAGUUCAGUGAAGCUGCUCUGGAAACACUACUUGAUAAUAAUCUUUCCCAAAAGUACAGCCGGAUGGGAUAUUUAUCACCAAGUAAUAUCAUUACUAAUGGAUUCUAUGAUUGUGGUCAGGUAAAACAUGGAGGGAAAUUUUUGUCUUUGGAAGAACUAAGCAAGCAAGAGCUCACUGACCGUCGGGCAAUAAUCUUCAUUAAUGCUAAACCCCAAGAAAGUGUUGUAGAAGUACAGGAAGUAUCACCAUCUGUUUCAGGAAGAAGCAGCAAAGAAAAACCAAGAAAAGGGAGAGGGAAAAAAGAGGAGGAAAAACCAAAAGUUAUUCAAGUUGCACCAACAAUCCUGGAGGAAAUAAAGCUAGAAAAUUCCCAUUGGGUACCACCACCUGACUACGUUUUAAUGGAUUACAUUAAUGAUGCUUCCAAAACAAUUCUACCAAUAACUUCUACCCGGGAACAGGUUGUGGCUCUUGCACAGUUUGUGGCAGAGAGGAUGGGUGGCCCUGUUGAAAAAGAGGAACUACAUAAUUUCUGCUGGGAACUUGACAUGAGUGAAAUAGAAUUUGACCUGAAAAGCAACAUUGUGCCUAUCGGGAAAAUCAAAAGAGGGACAUUCUAUCACAGGGCUUUACUUUUCAAGGUGAUAGCAGACAGAAUCGGCAUUGGCUGUAGUUUAGUUCGUGGCAAGUAUAACAGAUGUUGGAAUGAAGUUAAAUUGGUUGAAUACACUCCCAAAGGGCUUCUGCUUCCUCCUCAAGAGUAUGUUGUAGAUGUAAUGUUUGAACCAGGCUUAUUGUUUAAACAAGGAAGUGCAAAGGCUGAUCAAUACAAACGUAUUUAAUAAUCUUGAUGAAUAUCACCAAAAUAAAUAUUUUAAAUAUGUUUGCAGUGCUGUAUUUAUGAAACAAGAGGGGGUUCAUAUCCAACUAUCAAAAAGAAGCGUAUCUGGUAUGUUUUCUGAAAUGUUUAAUUAAAUGUGGUUUUGAUAUCUAGCUUCAGUGCUAAGAAAUUUUGUUAAUUUUUUGUAGUAUUUGAGGACUAAAUUGCAAAACUACAGAUUAAAAUUUGGUAAUCAAUAAUAUUUGGUGUAUGCUAACAUUACAAUGCUUAUUAAAUAAGUUAAAUUCCAAUACA